AUGGCCUCUUCAUCGACUGAGCAACUUUCCAAGCUGGAGAAGACUGAUCCAGCAAGUGUGAAGAGCCCAUUGGGGGAGGGCAAGUAUAUCCAGACUGCGGGCUGUAUCAUCAUCGGGGACGAGGUUCUGAAUGGCAAGACCAAGGACACGAAUAGCAAUUUCUUCGCCCAAUAUUGCUUUGAUCUGGGUAUAGAGCUAAAACGCAUAGAGGUGAUUGCAGAUGACGAAGAGGAGAUCGUGGAGGCUGCUCGGCGUAUGACGGACAAGUACGAUUUUGUGGUUACUUCAGGUGGUAUUGGUCCGACACAUGAUGACAUCACCUACCCCUCUCUUGCUACUGCUUUCUCCCUACCUCUCGAAUAUCACGAAGAGACUGGUCGCCGUAUGUGGGCUCUAGCCUCACCAGAAAGGAAAGAACAGUUAUCGAAGGCCACUCCCGCGCAAAAAGAAGCCAGGGAUCGGAUGGCCUUGUUUCCGACAGCUAAAGGGGGUCAUGGGAGUGAUGGAAGUGGUGGUUCAAAGAGCGAAGUAAUAUUUGUAGAGGAAGAUAAGUGGGUCCCAGUGGUCAGGCUGGGAGGGAAGCUCUGCAUUUUCCCGGGCAUUCCGUCCCUGUUCCAACAGCUCUUACUCGGUUUGACUCCUUAUCUACCGCUACCACCUGCUUCGUCCAAGCCUUUCCGUCACCUCAUCUAUACAAAACAACCAGAAUCGGUGAUCGCACCAUUCCUCACUGAACUCCAGGCACGUGUCAAAAAGGAGGGCAUCAGAGUGGGAUCGUACCCAUACCUGUACUCUGGAGUCCAUGUCAGUCUCAUAGGUCACGAUGUAGAGCGGGUCAAGGAGUUGGGUCAAGAGGUCGUCAAAGAGCUAGAUGGUCAGGUCAUCUCUCAAGGUCGUUUGGGUGAAGGUGGAUCAGAUGAGAAAUCUGGGUCCACGUAG